AUGGGUUUGUUGCACAAGAGUGGAAACGUGCAGACUAGAGUAUCAAAUAGUUCGUAUAGUUUACCUAAAGGAUCUGUGCAACUUAGUGGCUCAUCUCGGGAGUACGAUACAGCAAGGUGGACCUUCAGGUUUGAGCACAAGGAAAUGCCUAAUUUAACUUUCAUGCCCAUUGUUGCUGUUAUUAUUUUUGUUUUGUGUUGCUUGUUGAAGAUCUACCAGUGGUCCCGGGGAAGAGAUUUGUGGAAAGCUGGAGUCAAUGUGGAGUUGAGCGAGGUCACUGAGGAGAAUGUCAGCAGCGAUGGCAACAGAGAUCUGUCAGCCUCAGGGAAUCCUUCUGAUGGCGGCUCAUGCUAUGAUACUAUCAGUUCAUUCAGACUGAUUGACAAUGGCUAUGCCAUUGAGCUGAACCAAGGACACCCAUACCAUGACACUGUUACAUCUUACAAGUCACUUCUGAUGCAGAAAGCUGACGGCAGUCAAUAUGACAGUGUCCAGUCUUACAAAGCUUUUCUACAGAAAGUCACUCAGAACAAGGACCUGGCCGUGGAGGUUAAGCUGUUAGAAAAUUACCCCAUACGCAGCAAGAGUGCUGAACAUUGUGUUGUAUUGGAGGAGGAGAGUUCCGAGAGAUCAGGGGAACUGACUGCAAAAAUGCUCGGUACCCUGCCUUUCAAGAAGCAACUGCACAAAGAGUGUAGGCUGCCGCAGUUUGAGAAGAAAAAGCCACGACAUAGAAGAGCCAGCGGCGAUACUCCAGCAACUAUGAGAAAACGAUCGGCGUCCAACCCUACUUACCGUCGAGUGGCUGACAAAGUCGGCAGCCUGCCAUCGGUACGCUGCACCAUGUCUCUUUCCAGUGAUUCGGAGGAGGAUAGCCAGCAGUCUUUCACAACAGAUAGGAAAAAACUUUGGGCUGAAAGAAGGAAAAUUUCUCGCUCAGCAUCAGGUGGCAAAAUUUUUAAAGACACCAACAGUAGCGGUAUGUCAAAUGGCCAUUGCAGCAGUGGAGCUCUUCUAAAUCAGAAGAGAUUAAGGCAUUUCUCAGCCGAUGGAACACGUUAUCACAAAAAGGCAGCAGCUACAAGUAGAACUGACAGUAGUAUUUACCCAGACCUCAGAAUGACUCCACAAACACUGGCACCUUUGUUGAAGAGCACAAGACAAGGUCACAGGUCUCCUGACAGACAGACCACAAGACAAGGUCACAGGUCUCCUGACAGACAGACCACAAGACAAGGUGACAGGUCUCCUGACAGACAGACAGGGGAAUCAUCUUCAGAAAAUCCAGCCAGCUCAGAUUCCUCAGAUUUGGAUGUUGGGUCUGACACAGUAAUAUCAGACAGCGAUGAAACAAAGCGAAAUACUCUCGUAUCCACUGCAUCUGAGGAUCACACUGAUGUCUUCUUUAGUUUAGAUUCUGCAACAGAGCUGGUGUCAUCAUCAGAAAUACUACAGAGCUCUCUGGAGAAACCUUUAUCUGAGACAAAAAUACUAAUAGCUCGUGCCAAAGAAGACUUUUUCAAAAAUAAAACAAGCUAUACGUUAAUGCCUUCGACAAGAGCUGUCCCAAAGAUGCAGGCGUCUGAUAUUGAUAAUCAAAUUUCAGGCACUUUGACAGAUGCCAUCAGCAUCUCAGUGGGCGGUCUGCAGACCUUGAAGCACGACAGUGUUUCCUCUUCUACAGAAUCUAGAACCUUUCUUCUGUCACAACACGGAGCAGGACUGAGUGCAGGUUCACAAUCACAGCAGGGAGCAGGACUCAGUCUAGGUUCACAAUCACAGCAGGGAGCAGGACUCAGUCUAGGUUCACAAUCACAGCAGGGAGCAGGACUCAGUCUAGGUUCACAAUCACAGCAAGGAGCAGGACUCAGUCUAGGUUCACAAUCACAGCAGGGAGCAGGACUCAGUCUAGGUUCACAAUCACAGCAGGGAGCAGGACUCAGUCCAGGUUCACAAUCACAGCAGGGAGCAGGACUCAGUCUAGGUUCACAAUCACAGCAGGGAGCAGGACUCAGUCUAGGUUCACAAUCACAGCAGGGAGCAGGACUCAGUCUAGGUUCACAAUCACAACAGGGAGCAGGACUCAGUGCAGGUUCACAAUCACAGCAAGGAGCAGGACUCAGUCUAGGUUCACAAUCACAGCAAGGAGCAGGACUCAGUCUAGGUUCACAAUCACAGCAAGGAGCAGGACUCAGUCUAGGUUCACAAUCACAGCAAGGAGCAGGACUCAGUCUAGGUUCACAAUCACAGCAAGGAGCAGGACUCAGUCUAGGUUCACAAUCACAGCAAGGAGCAGGACUCAGUCCAGGUUCACAAUCACAGCAGGGAUGUGAGCCUGAUCCACAGUCUCCAGAUAAAAUCACAUUAUCCAAAUCCACAUACAGCCAAGUUGCUCCAGGAGUCCAGGAGAGCACAUUAUACCAGGCAGCUAGUGAUGCUGGUGACGAGUCCAAGAACCUGUCCAGUCCCCAGAAAGUGCAGCGGUUUCAUGUAACGCAUGUCAGCAAAGAUGUCACCAGUCUACAUUCUGAGUCACCUUUGAGCACAGAAAGUUUCUGA